AUGGACAUGAAGCCUGUGAACGUCGUGACCCCCAUCCCCGAUGACGCACAGAAGAUGGACAACUACAUCAAGGACCGCAGGGUCAUCGGUUACGACCCCCUCGUCCAGCCCGCGCUCCUCCGCAGCGAGAUCGAGCCGACCGCGACCUCGCUCACCACCAUCGCUUCCGCCCGCUUCGCCGCCGCCCGGAUCCUCGCCGGCCAGGACGAGCGGCUGCUCGUCGUCGUAGGUCCAUGCUCCAUCCACUCGCCCGAACAGGCGAUGGAGUACGCCAAGCUCCUCCGCGCGAAGAUGAACGACUGGCCGAACCUGCUCAUCGUCAUGCGCGCUUACUUCGAGAAACCGCGCACGACGGUCGGCUGGAAGGGCCUCAUCAACGACCCCGACAUCGACGGCUCCUUCAAGAUCAACAAGGGCCUCCGCCUCGCCCGCCAGCUCCUCUGCGACCUCACCAACCUCGGGGUCCCCGUCGGCUCCGAGCUGCUCGACACCAUCUCGCCGCAGUUCAUCGCCGACCUGAUCUCGUGGGGCGCCAUCGGCGCGCGCACGACCGAGUCGCAGCUCCACCGGGAGCUCGCGAGCGGUGUCUCGUUCCCGAUCGGUUUCAAAAACGGCACGGACGGCAGCAUGACGGUCGCGGUGGACGCGAUGCGCUCGGCGUCGAACCCGCACGCGUUCAUGGGCGUCACCGAGCAGGGCCUCGCGGCCAUUGUCAAGACUCGCGGGAACCAGGACGUGCACGUCAUCCUCCGUGGGGGCAGCAAGGGCCCGAACUACGGCGCGGAGCACGUCCGCUCGGCGGCGUCCGCCAUCGAAAAGGCGCGGCCGCAGAAUCACCCGUCGAUCAUGAUUGACUGCUCUCACGGGAACUCGGAAAAGAACCACAUGAACCAGCCGAAGGUGCUCGUGGACGUGUGCGAGCAGCUCGUUGGUGGGGACCGGAACAUCACCGGGGUCAUGGACGUGCCGGCCGAGGGCCCGGGGGCGCUCAAGCACGGGAUCUCGAUCACGGACGCGUGCGUGGACUGGGAGACGACGGUCGGGAUGCUCGAGGGGCUGAACGCGGCGGUCGGGCGCAGGCGCGAAAAGCUGCUCGAGCAGGGCCUCUUGCGCCGGUCGACCGUCGUCGGGGUGUGA